AUGUCUACCAAGCUCAAUAUACUUCACUUUAACGAUGUCUAUCACCUCAAAGAACAAAGUCGUGAACCAGUUGGCGGAGCUGCUCGUUUUGCCACGCUACUGAAAGAAUUUAGGAAUUCUUUUGAUGCGGACACGACUUUGGUCACAUUUGGCGGAGAUGCGUUCAAUCCAAGUGUCGAGAGUAGCAUAACCAAAGGGCUGCAUAUGGUUGCUCCUUUAAACAGUCUUGGCAUCGACGUUGCUUGCAUAGGCAAUCAUGACUUUGAUUUUGGCGUUGCAGUACUCAGAUCCCACAUUGCGCAGACCAAGUUUCCUUGGUUGCUCUCCAACGUUGUCGAUCCUGAUACCGAUAAGCCUCUGGGUGGGGGGAAAAAAUUUGUAGUGCUUAACAAGAGCGGGUUGAAGAUUGGAUUCAUUGGGCUUGUCGAGAAAGAAUGGCUGGAGACGAUUCCUGGUCUACCGCCGUCAAAGCAUAUCGAUUUUAUACAGGCGUGUAAAGAUCUUUCAGCCGAGUUACGUGAUCCCAAUGGUCCGCAUGCUGUUGACUUGGUAAUAGCAAUCACACAUUCGCGACUUCCCAAUGAUAUCAUCCUUGCACGUGGAUGUCAGGACGAAAUCGACCUCAUGCUUGGCGGACACGAUCAUUUCUAUUACGUCGGAAAAGGAUGCGAAAUGAAGGACGGGUGGACGAGACAAAGUAUUGACGGUGAUCAGGAAGAUGAUGGAGUGAAGUUAGUUAAGAGCGGAACUGAUUUCCGUGAAUUAAGUAUAGUAGAGUGCGAGAUAGGCGAAAGUGGAGGGAGAAAGGUUAUCAAGAAAGUUGAAGUGACCCGAAAGGAAGUAACCCGCGACGUCCCACCAGACGCCGAAAUGGAGACAACAGUAGAAAUUGCGACACAAGAAGUAUCUACCGUGCUUGCUAAACCAGUUGCAUAUACCACAACGCCCUGGGACUGUAAGUCCACGACUGUCCGAUCGUCUGAAUCAGCUUUUGGUAACUUUGUCGCCGAUUUAAUGAUGUAUGCUUACCAAUCAUGUUUGAGUUAUAACAUUGAUUGCGCUAUUCUGUGCGGUGGAUCGAUACGAUCGGAUGCGACGUAUGGUCCGGGAGUGAUCACUCUGUCCGAUAUACGGGAGAUACUUCCAUUUGAAGAUACGGUGGUCGUGAUAAGGAUCACAGGACAGCAGAUAUGGGAUGCUCUUGAAAGUGCAUUAUCAAAGAUUCCAAAGCAAGAAGGACGAUUUCCGGUUGUCAGUGGAUUGAAAAUAGAAUACGAUCCAAGUGCACCUCCCGAGAAACGCAUUCGUAACUUAUACCUGACUGAACGUCUUCCGCCAACGCCGUCUGAUGACGAUGAUACGUCCACAUCUCAGGGCAGUUUAAACAUCAUCGGUCCCGUGGACGUUAACCAAACAUAUACCGUCUGUACGCGACACUACUUGGCUCAAGGCUACGACGGAUACAGUGCGUUGAAUCGACCAAACACCGAGUAUAUUGUUGACGAUGAAGCAGGCAUUAUACUCUCUACUAUUGUUCAUCGAUACUUUAUUGGAUUGUAUUAUGUAAAUGCAAUGAGAUUUAACAAAUCUUUUGAAGAAAGAACACGCGAGACUGUUGCCAAAGCUGUUGAGAAAUGGAAAGGCUUGAAAAAAGUAAAACGUGAGAGAGAUAGCAAAGGGCAUUUGUCGAGAAAGAGUAUCUGCGAUGCAUUGGCGUUAUCAUGUGGUGAGGUUGUAGAUAUUGUUCCUGAGGCCAAGGAUGAGCUAGACAAGGAGUCUGCUGGAGAAGAUGGUUUUAAGCGAGAAUGGGUUACCGUGUCGCCUGUUAUUGAGGGCAGGAUUGUUGCCGUCACUGAAUAA